CAUUUCCUUUUCAGUUUGUUGCUUUUGCUUAUUUGAUUUUUGUCCAGCAUUGUGUUUUGAUUCCAUUAUAGAGAUCCGUUCAUUAGGUGAACUAUGCAAGUGAUUUUCUUUUCAGGUGAUUUGGACCAAGCUUCUCACCAGCUUUUCCCAAAAUUAAGCCGACCUGGGACACCUUGACUCCAAGCCCAGUAGUAAGUCCCACAUGCCACAGAGCCUCUCAGCCAUCUCUGCUGAGGAGGGACCCUUAUUGGCAGCUAGGAUCCUUGAGACCAUCAUCAAGGACAACCUGUCUAAGGUGGGGUUGGCCUGGGACAUCCUGACUGGGAAAGCAGCGGCCGUGAAGUUCAUUGAUGAGAUUCAGCAGAUCUCCUCCAGCCUCCAGACACCAUCCACAAAGUAGGAACCAAGAAGGUUCAGAUCACCCCAACAUAGUGAAGCAUUUGCUGUGAUCGAUAGUGAGUAAUCUCUGACUCAUCACAAAGCACGCUAGCGAGAAGUUUGUGAAUACCUGCUCACAGCAGCAGGAAAGAGGCCUGAAGCAAAUUCCACCAAAAGUGUCUGCUGUGCAAGCUGUUACCAGAAGUGCAUUGUCCACAGAUAUUGUGUAUUGUCACCAGAAAUGUAUUGUCCAUGUUAACAUGAACAUCACAGAUUGGGUUCAGGAAUAAAUUCACCUUUUGCAACAAGCUGGAUAACUUUUGUGGCAGUCCCCUUAGGCUGCCCUGGAAUUCUUCUAGGGCCACAAAUAUGAGCUGGUGGACGUAUGGCAUCUGGGAGUUAUCCUGUAUAUAUUGGUAAAUGGAUCCUUAUUUUUCGAUGGACAGAACUUCAAGGAGCUAUAGGAGCAGGUACUGAGCAGGAUGUAUUCCAUUCCCUCCUCCAUGUCCCCGGAGAGUGAAAACUUGCUGAAGAAAUUUCUCAUUGUCAAUUGCAGCAAGAGAGGCCCUUCAGAGCACAGUGUGAGGGGUCCAUGGAUGAAUGUGAGUCAUGAAGGUGAGGAACUUAAGUGCUAUGUGCAGCCAUUCUCCUACUGGGAGGACCCCCUGCAAACUAAGUUCAUGGUAUCCAUGGGUUACAGACAGGAAGAUAUCCAGGACUUGCUGAGAAGUAUGAGGAAGCCGUGGUCACCUGCCUGCUCCUGGGUUCUCCUUUCAUCCCAGGAGGUACAGCUCAGGGUCUCUGCCAGCGCGGAGCAGCAGUGGUUUCAGCAACCUGCCUUUCCCAUCUUUCACAGCCUGAGAAGACUCAAAGGAGCCACCCAGAGUCUGAACAGGAUCAGGAGACAGGGCAGAAGGGCAGCAACACAGCAAUGCACCAGCCAGCUCCCUACUAGCCUGGAGGGGACGAACCCCGCCCCCGCUGUGAACAGUGACCUCCCCACCAACACCAAAAAGAGCAGGAAUUCCUCACUCGGGGCAAAAGCCGGUUUGGCCAGACCUCCACCCAGAACGACAACGGCAACCCCACAGCGCUGGGGCCUGAGGCCUCCUGGGCUCUUGCUUCUCACCUCUACCCCGUCUCCCCGGCCACCAGCCCGGGAAUCCCAGUCGGUCUCCUUGCAGCCCAACCAGGCCUCGGUGCCGCACCCCACAGCGAGCAGCUGGGGGGUGCCCACCCGGCCCAGUCCACCCAGAGUGUCCCUGCGGCCUCCCUUCUACCCGCGUCAUCAGUGGAGUGGGCAGAGCCCCCGAUGGGACCAGGUACGCGCGGCCGGGCAGCCCAACAGGUGCCAGCCCCAGAAAUGGUGCCCAACAGGGUGACUCCAGCCUCUCCCUCUGGCAAAGGCGGCGGCCAGCAGAGGGCCGCCCGGAGUUUCUUCAGCAAGUUCAAGUUCAAGUUCACAAUCUGGACUCAGCUGCCGGUUUGCCAGAAGGAACCGGAAAGCAAAGACGGAGGAAGACACGUUUCGCAAUUAUUAAUUAGAGUCACUUUUUGGUACAGAAAAAAACCGAAAAAUAUAAAAAACAAAAAACCCCAAAACAACAAAAAAUUACCCUCGCCCUCUCCCAAAUAUUAAACAGAGCUCAGUAGGUGCUCACAAUAAGAACCCAUCCUUCGCCUGCAGUAUUUAAACGAUUGUCGGUGGAAGUUCACGUCGUGCUCCUCUUUUGACAGCCGUUGGGUAACGGAUCAAAACCCUUAACGGCCGCGGCUAGAGCGCGAGCUCGGGGAGCCGAGGGGCUCCGGGCCCGAGCGUCCACCGCUCAUCUCCUGAGCUCGGGAGGUUUUCGCGGCGGGGGCUCAGCCCCAGAUCCCGGGACUCAGGAGGAGCUGGGCCGAGCUGCGGGAGGCGUUGAAGCCCCGGGAGAGAGUUUUGCACUACGAAAAAACCAUACGCAAAUUACCUGGGAAGAGCUUAGAUUCUGUGGCCAAACUGCAAGCGGCGGUUGCUAAAAUGGGAAGCAUUUACAGGAAAAAGCAAACGGUUUCAUCGAGGUGGAUUCGACGACAAACUAAGCGAAGGCAAAAACGAUCGCGGGAGUCGACGUGGAGACAGAUAAGGCCCAGAGCUCUGACCAGACACUUAGUACUUCAUCACUAGUCCCUGGCUGCUUCUCUGUGGAUAACAGCAGCUCAUGUACGCCAACCUCACAAAACCAGGCGCCGUCCACCUCCUUCACGCAGGCAUGAGGAGGCUUCAGAGGCCGAGUCCGAAGUGGCCAAGCACAACUUCCAGGAGUAAGAGGGGCAUUUCAUGAUGACGAGGUGUCAAUUCUCCAGAAAGACAUAGCAGUCUUUAAUAUGUAGGGACCUAACAACAGAGCCUCAAAAUAUGGAAUCCAUCAAAGGAGAGAAUUGCAAGAAAAACCAGACAGAUCCACUGUUAUAGUUGGAUAUCUCAACACCUAUCUACUAGUAAUUGAUGGACUCAGGACAUAGCUGAGCUGAAGGGCAUCGUCAAUCAGCUGGACCUGUUGAUAUGUAUAGACUACUUCAUCCAAUGAGUGCAAAUAUACACUCUUCUCAAACUCAGAUGAAAUAUUCGCCAAGAUAGACCAUAUUCUGGGGCAUAAAACACACUUCUAACAAAUUUGAAAGAGUAAAAAUCUUCAAGGUAUACUCACAUCACAAUGGAAUUAAACUGGAAAUCAGUAACAGAAAGACAGCUGGAAAGCCACCAAAUAUUUGGUCAUUAGACAACAUACUCCCAAAUAACACAUGGGCCAAAGAAGUCUCAAGAGAAAUGUUAAAAAAUAUUUUGAACUAAAUGAAAAUGAAAAUAUGACUCAUCAAAAUUUGUGGGUUGCAGCAAACCCACAUUUGGUCAUUAGACAACAUACUUCCAAAUAACACAUGGGUCAAAGAAGUCUCAAGAUAAAUUUAAAAAAAUAUUUUGAACUAAAUGAAAAUGAAAAUACGGCUUAUCAAAAUGUAUGGAUGCAGCAAAAGCAGUGCUAGAGGAAAAUCUAUAGUAUUGAAUGAAUACAUUAGAAAAGAAGAAAGAUGUAAAAUUAAAAGUCUAAGCUUCCACCUUAGGAAACUAGAGAAAGAAGAAUUACAUAAACCUAAAACAGAAGAAAAAAAAAUUAGAAAAAAAAGGAUGACAUUAAAAAGAGGAAAAUUAUAGAGAAAAUCAAAACAUAAAAGCUGAAACCAAAAGCGAAAUCUUUGAAACAAUAAGUAAAAUUGACAAACGUCUGGACUGGCUAGCCAAGAAAAAGAGAAAACACAAAUUACUAAUAUCAGAAAUAAAAAAGUUUAUCUCUACUAAUCCCACAGACAUUAAAAGUCUAAUAGACGUUCUACGAUAGCCAUGUAAGAAGAAAAAAGUCAGCCGGGCGUGGUGGCUCACGCCUGUAAUCCCAGCACUUUGGGAAGCCAAGGUGGGCGGAUCACAAGGUCAGGAGAUCGAGACCAUCCUGACCAACAUGGUGAAACCCCAUCUCUACUAAAAAUACAAAAAUUAGCUGGGUGUGGUGGCAUGCUCCUGUAGUCCCAGCUACUCUGGAGGCUGAGACAGGAGAAUUGCUUGAACCCAGGAGGCGGAGGUUGCAGUGAGCCAAGAUUGGCCCACUGCAUUCCAGUCUGGUGACAGAGCGAGCUCCGUCUCAAAAAAAAAAAAAAGUUUUAUGCCCACAAAUUUGAUAACUUAGAUGAAAUGGACCAAUUCCUUGAGAGAGACAAUCUACCAAAACACACCAAAAGAGAAAGAUAAUCUUAAUAGACCUAUAUCUACUUUUGAAAUUGAAUCAAUAAUCAAUAAUCUUCCGAAAAAGAAAGCAUCAAGCCCAAGUGUUUUCACUGGCGAAUUCUAAGAACUAAUACGACUUCUCUACAACCUCUUCCAGAAAAUAGAAGCGGAGGGAAUAUUUCCUUAUCUCUAUAAAACCAGCAUUAUUCUAAUACAGAAACAAAAGAUACUACAAGAGGGGAAAACUACAGACCAAUGUAUCUACCAUGUACAAAAUGUAUCUUUUUUGCAUCUUUUGUAUUGGAGAUAUAAAAAUUCUCGACAACAUAUUAGCACAUGAAAUCUGCUAUGGUUUGAAUGUUACUGUCCAAAAUUCAUGUUGAAAUGUCCAAUGCAAGAGUAUUAAGAGGUGGGGGUUUUGCAGCCUUCAGCGUUGUUCCAUUCUGCCUCUUCAGCCAUGUAAGGACACAGUGUUCUUCCCCUCUGAAGGAUGAGGCAAUGAAACGCCAUCUUGGAAGCUGAGAGUAGCCCUCACCAGAAAACUGAACCUGCCAGUGCCUUGAUCUUGGACUACCUAGCUCCAGAGCUGUGAACACAUUUCUGUUCUUUUAAAUUACCCAGUCUCAAGUAUUUUGUUAUAGCAGUACAUAUGAACUUAAACAGAAUUCAACAAUGUAUAAAAAGAAUUACACGCUAUGACAAAGUGAGAUUUAUCCCAGGUAUGCAAGGCUGGUUUGACAGGAAAAUCAGUCACUAUAAUCCAUUACAUCAAUAGACUAACAAAGAAAAAUCAUACCAAUGCAGAAAAAGUAUUUCACUCAAUAGAUGCAGAAAAAGUAUUUCACAAAAUCAAUCAUCCAUUCACCGUAAAAACUCACAGCAAACUAGGAAUAGAGGGGAACAUCCUCAACUGGAUAAAGAAUAUUUGCAAAAAACCUACAACCAACAUCAUAAUUAAUGGUGAGGAACUAUAUUCUUUCCCCCUCGGAUCAGGAACAAGAAUGUCUCCUCUCACUACUCCUAUUCAACGUUGCACAGGAGGUUCUAGCUAAUACAAUAUGACAAGAAAAGAAAAGGCAUCCAGAUUGGGAAGGAGGAAAUAAAACUGUCUUUGUUCACAGAUGACAUAAUUAUUUAUAUAAAGAAAUCCCAAAGAACCAACAAAAAGUGAUCAUAAGAAGGUUGCAGAGACAGCAUCUCACAGUGUUGCCCAGACUGGAGAGCAGUGCACUGCAACCUCGAACUCCUGGGCUCAA